GAGGCCCGCCCCUUCUUAACCUGCUGCUUAUGGUGGCAAGAUCCCCUUGUGAAGCAGAAAACUAAUGUUUGCAUGUGGGGCUGUGGGAAGUAGCACUAGGCUAGUGGGGUGCGCUUUUUUCGCGGGAGUUCGUGAUAUAGCAAGCCAACAACAAGGGAUGCUGUCCUGUAUAACGGGCACACCUUUGACAUACCAGGCAUUGAGAACCUUCCCUGUGAACUUCAGAGGAAUUUCCAGCUGAUGCGAGAGCUAGACCAGAGAACAGAAGAUAAGAAAGCAGAGAUUGACAUCCUGGCUGCGGAGUACAUUGCCACAGUGAAGACUCUUUCUUCAGAGCAGCGUGUGGAGCACCUGCAGAAGAUCCAGAGUGCCUAUAGCAAGUGCAAGGAGUACAGUGAUGACAAGGUGCAGCUGGCCAUGCAGACCUAUGAGAUGGUAGAUAAACACAUCCGAAGGCUUGAUGCUGACCUGGCACGCUUUGAGGCUGACCUGAAGGACAGAAUGGACGGAAGUGACUUUGAAAGCUCUGGACCACGAAGUUUGAAAAAAGGUCGGAGUCAGAAAGAAAAAAGAAGCUCCCGGGGCCGAGGCAGGAGGACAUCAGAAGAGGAUACGCCAAAGAAAAAGAAGCAUAAAAGCGGGUCAGAGUUUACGGACAGUAUCCUAUCUGUGCAUCCGUCUGAUGUGCUGGACAUGCCUGUGGAUCCGAAUGAACCUACGUACUGCCUGUGCCACCAGGUGUCCUACGGGGAGAUGAUUGGCUGUGACAAUCCAGAUUGUCCAAUUGAGUGGUUUCAUUUUGCCUGCGUGGAUCUCACCACAAAGCCCAAAGGAAAGUGGUUCUGUCCACGAUGUGUUCAGGAAAAGAGGAAGAAGAAGUAAAGAAGAGGCCGUUGUGCCAGACUGAAGAGCAAGCUAAUAUAUUUCUUCACUCAUGUUGCAAUAUUAUCUUUCAUUUUAAAACUACCUUAUUUCGACUGAUAUUUAAUAAUUCAGUGGCCAGUUGUAAUUUUGGAUAUUUCCCAAAACAAGAAGCCACUGCACCAUUUGCACAGAACAAUCUAUCUCACAGGGACUUGCCACGGUGAUGUUGCAAGCAGGCUCCCCCAUCCCGCAACCUCCCAGCACUGGGAAUGGCCAGGCCACUGGUGGUUGUAUGUCAUUGUGUGCUGUAGGCAAAGUGCAUGGUGCAGGGUGGACACAUUUUAACAUGGUAUACUGCCACUGCUUUGUGACUAGAGGGUCAGCCUUGAGUGCCCAUGUUUUCCAGGACUUGUCUAAUGGCAUCAUGGAGGCACAGCUGUUGCUCUGUGAGCAAAGUAUUAUCAGGCGCCGCCCCUUGCUGUGCUCUGACCCUGACUGGAUACCAGGGAUUCUUGGCCAAGAUACCUCUGAUGUGUCUGGAAGUGACUGGGGGGUCUUUUCCCAGGUGGAAAUGCCCUCUGUUGCAUUGUGUGCCACCUUUUCAGUGUGAGCUUCCAGCCUUCCCUGGAGAUCCGGCUUCCGUUAGCCUCGGACUGUCAGUUAUCACAACCAGCACUGCCCAACAGCGGACAAACAGCCAGGCUGAGCUUCCACCUCUCUGGGAAUUCCUGACUUUUUUACUGUGAAGAUGAAGUUAUUGUAAUAGCAUGAAGGUCAUGGGUCUGUGUGUCUAUGAAGUGAGUCUGUCUACUGUGAGCUGAUUUUAGAACUCUGCUGUGUUGCAUCCCACUAGACCAGCAGCUUACAUUCAAGGGGACUACAAUUAUGUGACAUGAUUUGUGAAUUUGUGUGCGCAGUAGCAGUUCUGGAAUGAAGGUAGGAAAUUAGAGUGUACUCUGUUUAACCACUCUCCACGAAACCAGUGUUGAACUGUCUUUUGGAAAUAGUUGGGGAGUGUAUGCACAGGGCCUGUUGAGAUGCAUCUGUGAUGGCUUCUUAAGUGUAACAAGACCCUGAGAGCGUCCUUUGACUUAGAAUUUCUCUGGCAUGUUCUCCAGGGACUCAGGCUCUCUGAGAACUAAGAGAGUCUGUUUGUGGUCUUAUCCCAGAAAAAGACCCACAAGACAGAGCUGGGUUAUGCAAUUUCCAAUUUAAGGAGAGCCAUUUUUUUUUUUUUUAAUGUGACAAUAGGCACCUUGUUUUCUUAUGAUGGCCAUGGCUAAAUAUAUAGAUUUCCUUCCCACUUUAUACCAAGGAAAGACAAGAAAGCAGAAGGGAUUUGUAUCUGCCCCACACCAUGGCAUCAUGGUCAUGUUCCUGCUGGGCAUAGCCUGUCCCAGUGAUAGAGGGAGAUGGGGGAGUGGCUUGUGUUUGUGCUACUGAAUACGUUAGUCCACAUUGACUCUUCCUGGACAGCAGGUGUCAGGCAGGUAGUUGUAGCUGAUAGGCAACUGCCCGAGCUUGUCUCCAGGCUAGGAAGAGCUUUGGAAAUGUUGGUUCCUGUGACCUGUGGGCUUGAGGGGCCUGGCAUUCUCCCUGGGGACCCCUCUCAGGCUCAGAUUAGAUAGACAUAACAGCUUUUUGUUGUACUAAAGGUUGUAAGGGUAAGUUAUAAGGAUUUUUUUUCUUUUUCUUUUUUUUUUUUUUAAAGACAGGGUCUCAUGUAUCCUAGGCUAUCUUUGAACUCACAGUGUAGCUGAGAAUAACUUUGAUCUUUUGGUCUUUCUUCCUUCACCUCUAAAUGCUGAAGUUACAGGUGUACAACAAUAGAUCUGGUUUUGCAGUGUUAGGGACCAAACCCAGAACUUUUUUUAGUUUGGUUUUUCGAGACAGGGUUUCUCUAUGUAGCCCUGGCUGUUCUGGAACUCACUCUAUAGAGCAUGCUGGCCUCAAAGUCAGAGAUCCUCUUGCCUUUGCCUCCUUAGUGCUGGGAUUAAAGGCAUGCACCACCACCACCCAUCUCCAAUCCAGAACUCCAUGGAUGCUAGGCAAGCAUUCUACAAAUUGAGUUACAUCCUCAGUCUUUUCUUUAUUCUUUUAUCUUUUUUGUUUUUCUUUCUUCAGUGCUAAGGGUCAGGCCCCAUGCAUCUUUUUAAUUUUAAAUUUUAAAUUAUUUAUUUAUUUGGAAGCAGUGCUUUAUUAUGUAGCCCAGACUGGCUUUGGACUUGCAAUCAUCCUGCUUUAGCCAUGAAAUGUUGGGAUUACAGGUGUGUGCCAUCAUGCCUGGACCUGUUUUACAGUUUCUGGAAGCACAAAUUUUUAAUCAGAUCUUGCCUGAUUGCCUUAGAAGCUAGGUUAAUACCUGAGAUUCAGCCUGAGGCAGCUGAGACCUUUGGGAAGAAAUGAUGUUUUACUGGUAGAGGUGUUAGAGGCUGGAUUAGCUCCAUUUUCUUGCUUCCUGAGGUCAUGUUAGCUUUUCUCUGAGUGUCUGGGGCCAUAUUGGCUUCUGACUUUUUAUUUAUUUGUUUUUUUAACAGUUAUAAUAAUGUCACCAAAAUAAGAUGCAUAUAGCUUGGGGAGAAAAAAAGAAAAAAAAACAGAAUCAUGGGCUUGGGGGUUAAACUCAGCGAUGGAAUGCUUGUCUACCAAGUACGAAGCUCAGUGUGGCAUUGGUUGUAUGGUGGUGAGCAAAGCUGCGUUCCAAAGGUGAUGGUCUAGGUUUGAUCCCUGGCAACAAAACAGAAAGCAGAGGGAAAAUCCUUAGGGUCAUUCCCAUUGUUGCUGUCUGUGAGCAAAGAGGAAGUUCAAGGAAAAGUGUCCUAGCACCAGCUCUGCCUCGGGUGCUGCGGAAACACAGAAGGCAUGUUGUUGUGCCACUGAGCACCAUACGAGAAACCCUAGCUGUCUCUUGUCGGACCAGACGCUCUUUGGUGCCUGCUCAUUGAGACCUGGCUCUUGAGCCAUCCCUGCUUCUUAGAAUGGGUAGGGUGACCCUGACAGGUCACUAUGGCAGCAGCUUUGCCAGAGUCAAGGCUGGGCCCUCCCUGUGUAAUCCCCCUUCUUUUAAGUACAUGAGUGUUUUGCUGAGAGGAGUCACCUUCCUUGUUUUCUGUGCACAUUAUCAGUAGUUUGAAUUUCUCCAGUUUCAUAUUAGAAGAAGCAUGAUGAAUUAAUAAAACAAAACAAACAAACAAGAAAAAACCCUGAGCCCCCAGAUCUGUGAACAUGCCAGUGGUGUGAUGGUCCAAGCAUUCAUCUGUCCAGCAGGUGAGGUCAGUAGGAGUCAGGCCAUCAGCUGUGUCUUCCACUCUGCGGUGAAGAGCCAUGAGUUGUGAGGGCUUGUGGAUGGCUGGGGAAGUUGCUGCCUGCGUGCUCUUGUGUAUACAGCAUCUUGCCUUCUCUCCCUCACCUGUCCCCAGAAGGCCUUGGCAGGGAUGCUUCAAGCAAUAACACUGUCCAGAGAGCAACUCCUCCAUGUGGUAAUGGGACUAAGGUUGGCUUGGUUAUGAGACCAGGAGGUUAGGUCUUCAGGAUUUGAAAUCGAACAGUGAGGGACAUUUCUUUCAGGCUUUGCGGCCUUGUUCUCCACAAACAGGUUGGUCUUCACUGCUUAUGCUGAGAGGAGCUUUAAAGCAAGGGAGAGCUGAGAAUGUCUUUUCCCUCAGAAUGUGCUGUGGUGUUUGCUCUUCACCACACUCCAUCCAUCAGGAUGAUGCAGCUUUAACAUGAAUGUCACAUUUUAUUUUCAAGGAAUUAUUACCCAUGUCUCCUUUGUAAAGGAGAGAUACUAUUGUAAAUCUUUUUAUUAAAUAAUGUAAAGAUGUAUAUCUGUAUUUUUGGAUCAUGGAUUAUGGAUAUAUUGUUUUAAUAAAUAAAGUAUUUUUUGGGAAGAAA